CAUGGAUGGCGCGGCGCAUAUCCUCGACUGUCUCGGGAUCGGACGGUGAUGCGAUGAUGGUUGACUGACUCACUGACUAACCGGCUCCUUAAUAGAUGUACGCCGCCAUGGAGUCGUGUCCCAUCAAGACCGUCAUCUCCGGAACGAUGGGUUUCGGUCUCGGUGGUGUCUUUGGUUUGUUUAUGGCUAGUAUGUCCUACGACUCCACCUUCACGCCCCAAGGAAAAGCCAUCGCCGACCUGCCCUGGCGCGACCAAGUGCGCCGCGGCUUCAAGGACAUGGGCUCUCGGUCGUGGUCGUCGGCCAAGAACUUCGGCAUCGUCGGCGCCCUUUACUCCGGCACCGAGUGCUGCAUCGAGGGCCUGCGCGCGAAGAACGAUCUCACGAAUAGUGUCUCCGCGGGGUGUUUGACGGGUGGGAUUCUUGGCGCGAAGGCUGGCCCUCAGGCGGCUGCUGCUGGAUGUGUGGGUUUCGCGGCGUUUAGUGCCGCGAUUGAUGCUUAUAUGAGGAUGCCUGAGAAGGAGUAAUUUCGUUUGAGUGUUUGGGGGGAGAUGAGAUGAAGAGGGAAUGUGUAGAAUGAUGGUGAUGGUGGGGGAUGUCUUGAUAUUGUCUGUUACAUUGAUGGCGUUGGGAUAGAGCGGUUGCAUUACUUAUGGCGUUUGGGGCUUGCUUUGUCUUGUUGCUUUUGUGAUGGUUGAUGGCUGAUGUGUGGGCAGAUUUGCUGUCUGCAGUAGACGUCGGUGUUGUUGCUUGUGAGACUCACAACUCAUUUGUAUAGUAUAAUUUAUUCAGACAUAGAUUUGUGUGAGAGGGUAUAGACUCAGGCUAUACUUCCUUUCAAAUUUGCUUGU